UGCCGCCUGCGAAUCUGUUUAGUUCUGCGGGGCCGCGGAGCAUUGUGGGAAAUGUAGUAGGUCUAUUCAUAGCCGUGUGGAAACAAAUUAUUACUACAUGGUAAUAAAAGGAGAUUAGUAAAAAAAAUAUAUGAUUGUGUUAAUUAUGUGACAUGGUAUGACACCAUACUGACCCCCACUGCCGAAAUCAGUCAAUACUGGCCAAAUGUCAAUAUAGCUGUGCUGUCCCAAAAUGUUGUCCAACUGUCCACGAGGAUUCUGGGAAGUUUCCAGGGAAAGGAUAAAAGGAUGAAGAGAUGAAAGGACAUCAUUGUAAAUGGGAGAAAGCUGGCGUCGCAUGCCUCCUCCUCUGUUGAGGGAUGGUUUCUUUCUUUUUUUCCUUCCUUCACUCCUCUUUCAACCCAUCUAUCUUCUAUGUCCAGACUAUGUACCGCCGUGUCCACAAAGGAGUGUCCCUUCUCCCUUGACAGCUGAAUCCUGUUCCGAGGGGCUGGCUCUCCUGUGUUGAGCCAUUCGUUUGUUUAGUUGACCUGUAUAAGUGCCUCCUCCAGGUGCCUGCGCUCCUUCCCCUGGCCUUGGCCACCCACCAGCAGCUCUGUGCUGUAGAGUUCUUAUAACUCCCAGCUCGUCUUCCAGUGGAUGGUGUCUGUGUGAGGGGGUUUCCUGUAUACUCCAAUAUGACGGCUCCGGUCUUCUUCAAUGUGAACGUCACAGUCCAAAAAAAGCCAAUCACCACCUCGCUUCUCCUUCUUUGGCGCACGCUUCACGCCAUCUUGAAAAUACACAAGCCGCAGUUUUGUCAAGUCGCUCCCGGACCGAGGAGCAACAACAACAACAACUCCUCCUCCUCCUCCUCCUCCUCUCUUCACCGUCGCGACCCGCGUCCCGGAAUGAACGGCGCUCGAAACAAACCGACACAGGCUCUCGGCAAGGGACCGGCGGACGCGGACGGCGGCUCGGAGGCGACCCACAGGGACCGAAGGACCGGCGGAGGAAUGCUGAAGAAGCUCAAGUCGAGGCGCAGUCAGACGGAGAAGUGGCCCGUGGUCACCGAGGCUGAGCUCCGGGCGCUGGGGAGAGACAUUUCCCCGGACCAUGUCCUGGGUCUCCGCGCUGUCACCGAGGACUAUCUUUGCAAACCUGAAGACAAUAUCUUCAACAUUGACUUUACACGCUUCAAGAUCAGAGAUCUGGAGACGGGGACGGUCCUGUUCGAGAUUGCCAAGCCUCCAAACAGCGGUCCUAUGGAGGGUGAGGAGGAGAGUGGAGAUGUAGACACCACUUCUGGGCGUUUCGUCAGAUACCAGUUUACACCGGCCUUCCUAAAACUGCGCACCGUCGGUGCAACUGUGGAGUUCACCGUGGGUGACCAGCCAAUAAACAGCUUCCGUAUGAUUGAGAGGCAUUACUUCCAGGGGCGCCUUCUCAAGAACUUUGACUUUGACUUUGGCUUUUGCAUCCCCAACAGCCGCAACACAUGCGAACACAUUUACGAGUUUCCACAGCUUCCCGAGGACCUCAUUCGCCAAAUGGUGGAGCACCCAUAUGAGACCAGAUCAGAUAGUUUCUACUUUGUGGACAACAAACUCAUCAUGCACAACAAGGCGGACUACGCCUACAACGGCGGUCUGUAAUACCUGAAAGGAAAAAAGUGUGCAAUACCUCCCAGGAAAUGGGAGUUCUUGGAUUACAACCAUCCAAAAGCUUCUUUUUUGGUGGACAGGAGUAUUCUUUCCUUUGUCGACAUUCCUACGAACGUGACAACUCACUUUCAUAAUCAAACAACCACAUCUGCCUUGUGAGGAAAUCGUGGACCCAGUCAUCAGUGCCACACAGAGCUCAGUUUCUUGGACUAGAAUGUUCAGUUAAAUAAUAUAUACGACUGAAGCCUUUUUUUUGUUCUGUCUUUUUGGUUUGUCAUACAAGUAUCAUGUUACCGCUUAAACUUUUUGCCUUAAGUUUCUCGCCGUCUCUGCUGGAUAGGGACACUUUUGAGUCACAGACCUCUCAUGGCAAAACCUAUAGACUUGUGUUAGUAAUUACUUCAUUGAGUUAAAAUGUAUAGAUGUUAUCAAGUGAGGUUUCACACAUGACAGUUGUGUUUCCUGCAUGGAAAAGUGAGAAUUAACUAGAUGAUUUACAGUAUUGUUAGUUAUAGAUGAUCAUGUAGCAGUAGUAGUCGACAUUGUCUGAGGUUGGUUGUGACUCAUUUAGAAUGUUGGUGUCACAUUUCGUUUCAGGCUCCAUGUCCAUUUGCUGACUAAUGUAUUUUUCUGUAGAAAAUCUUUUAAUUCAACAAAACUAUGUGCUCUUUUUCGUGGUUUCAGGUGUCAUCUUCAUUCUGCUAGAAUCAUACAUUUUUACGACAAACUUCUACAUAAUUGUCUGUCAAAGACACCCGAAUCAGACAAGAUGGCAGCAGAAUCAGAGUGGACUUGACACAUAUUGCUUUAAAUGCCGUCUACGUCUGAAUUAAUUUGGUCUGCCUGUUUUUACCCCUGUACAGUGUGUAAUCACGAGGAAAUUUAAUCCCUUGAGGUCUUUUUUUUUUUCCUGGUUUAUUUGGCACAACAGCACUGUGAAUGCUACUCUGUAGGACGAGGUGUGGUUAACCUAUUAAACUAGUUUCCUCUUCUGCUCUGCGCUCAGGUUCUCAGUCUACCAAUGAAAUGCACACCAGCACCCGACAUGACAGUACAGAGAAAUGUAGCAUGGGCGUUGAUUUACUUUGCAUGAGGUACUAGGGUGGAUGCAGAGACUGACCCCUGUUUUUUCUAUUGAGCCCAGUUUAAAAGACUAUACCUGUGGUUUUGCACAAUUUGUAGUAAAUUGGAUACAUUUACCAUUCAGAAGUUUCAAGUCUAUUUAUGACACCUGUACAAUAUGAUGCAACCUUGACUCAACAGCCCUACAAUAAAUCCUACCUUUGUUAAAUGUA